AUGUUUGUGUUUCUGUUUCUCUUUGCUUUUCUUAACCAAGCUUCUUCUAGUCCAGUUUCAGUUUCAGUUACCAGUGACCAAGCUUCUUCUAGCCCAGUAUCUUUUCCAUUCCCUACAAUCACCCGUUUCAACUUCCCUUCAUUCACCCCAACAAGUUGCAUUGAUGGUAACUUAACUUGCACGGGUUCAGCUACCAGUUACGACGACUACUUAAGCCUAACCCCAGAGCCACAACCAGGCAAUCCAACCUUGCAACUAAAUCAAGUUGGCAGGGUUCUAUACAAAUACCCUUUGUUUGCGUGGCCAGCACGUUUCUAUACUAGGUUCACGUUCAGGAUUCUUACCUCCCCUUAUUCAACCGAAUCUACAGAUGGACUAACAUUUAUUGUGGCACCCAAUAGUAGUCCCUCGCCAGCUGACAGCUUUGGUUCCUAUCUUGGAAUAAUGGAUCCAGCACAAGACGGUCGCGCUGCUGAUCAAUUAGCAGUGGAAUUUGACACUUACAAGAAUACAUUUGAUUUGGAUGGCAAUCAUGUAUCGAUUGACACAAAAGUGUGA